GUAUAUAAAGGGUAUCACCAAUGACAGUUUUCUCAUCCUCAUAGCUUUGCCAUAACAACAUUGAACUUUCAUUACCAUUAUUUGUCUUUUGAUUAUUAUUGUUAUCAUUUCUAUUGCUACACAUAUAUACCUUGUGACAAUGGCCUCAAACUCAGUUUGGACAACAAAGCAGAACAAGAAGUUUGAGAAUGCUUUGGCCAUCUACGACAAGGACACCCCAGAUCGGUGGCAGAACUUGGCCAGGGCAGUGGGAGGAAAAACAGUGGAAGAAGUGAAAAGGCACUAUGAGAUGCUUGUUGAUGAUUUGAAGCAGAUUGAAGAAGGUCGUGUGCCCUUGCCCAAUUACAGAAAAGUUGCUGCAACAGAAGCAGGCAGCAUCAGAGGUUACAGUUACAUGAAUGAAGAACAAAGGAUGAAAGUCCUAAGCCUCAGGUGAAGUGUAAGAAAGAGACAUAUUAGCUUGUUACCAACCAAUCAAGCUAGGUGAAACUUUUUAGUCUGUCAUGUAUCUCUACCUUUAAAUGUAAAAGCAAUCAAGUUAACCUUUUGAAGGUAAAUCAUAUAUAUUGAUAUGGAGCAGUAGUUUAUGUGAAGUUCUUUUUAAUUUCUCUUUUGGGUGAAGAUAAAUGAUGGAAACGACCUUCAAAACUGUGAUGAAAAAGUGCUUAAAGAUGAGUUUAAAAGAAAGAAGAAAGUGGUUAUUAAAAAAUGGUAGUACAUGCAAGUUUCUAACUCUAUCCACCGACCAUAACUUGGAUUCAUCAUUAGUGUCAGGAAGGUUUGGAACCACAUGAAAAGGUUGUCUAAGUCAAAAAAUACGCUACUUUCGAAAUGCUGAU